AUGUCGGGCGUCGUCCACCCGCCCUUCGCCGGCGCCGGAGCUGUCAUGGCCACCAACAUCCAACCAACAACCGCCGUCCACCUCCCCAUCUCCGGCGAUGUCUCCGGCAGCCAUGUCUCCGCCGGCGGCCCAUCUCCGGCGGCUGGAUUACUUGGUCCUGGUCCAUCUUUAACGGCGAACUACACCAUUUUGACUCCCGGCACCUCAGCCACCCUCACCGGAGCACCCCAAUCGGUCCAGCCCCCGACGGGCGCUCCCCGCAAAACCACCGUGGCACCGGAGGGCCCGAACUCUGAACACGCCCUCCGACUCCUUAUGGAGGAGGACUUCUGGAAGCAGAAGGCGGCCGUUCGCUGGGUGGCCGAAAGCGAGCGAAAUACUAGGUUCUUCCAGGGCUACGUUAGGCCGAAGCGUGCUAAGUCGUACAUCCAUAGUAUCGAGGCUGAUGGGUCAUCCUUGACCCAGGAGGCUCAGAUUCGGGAGUCGGCUAUCUCAAAUCUGCACACACACACACACGCACCACACACGGCGGCGGCCGCCACCAAUAGAUCCGCCGGAGCCAGGGCCGCCGCCGGCAUCCGCCCGUCUCCACCACCACAGCGACCGGAAUCUGACCGCAGCGGCCUCGGACUGCAUCCAGCCUCCGCCCAUCCCCGGCUUUUGCCCUCCACCCCCACCACAAAGACGCCCGCCAGGGCAACUGCUUCAUACGCCGGCGACCUCCCCCCGACUGUAUUGUGGUGGAGCAGCGCGACAUUUUGCCUACGUUCCGGCGGAGGGAUGAGAUUGGCGGCUGUUGUUGACGGCUGCUACCUUCGUCGGCGGCGAGAUCCCGUCCCGCUACACAACCUCGUGAAGCGCUCUUUCUUCUGUCUAGCCGAGCUCUCCGCCCUCCGCCGUUGCUCCGCAAUCGACGUCCUCACGGCCUGCAUCUGGUGA